AGGCACUUAAUAAUGCCCGAAAGGACACAAUUAAUUAACCCGGGCUAAUUAAAAGUUAUUAACAAAAUGUGGCUUUUAGCCAGGUGGCCACUGUUGAAAAGGCUAAAUAUAAAGUUGACAGCUGCUUUAAAAAUUUCUUGUAAUUUGAAUAAUGAUGAUGUCUUGAAAAACACAAUCAUUUUGUAUUGAAUUAGAAAAUGAUAAUGAAUAUUCAUGAUACGGUUAUGUUGUGAAAGUUAAAUUUCUACUAGCGGCUUAUCUUCUGAUAUUCUUGUCACUUUAGCAUUGCACGUAGCUGAAAAUGGGAGCUAUCGCAUCGAAGUUUAGGAAAAAGAAGACUACGUAUGAGGUUCUCGAAUCCAUCGAAACCGAAAUUAAAUCCAUAGAAGAAUUUCAAAGGAACACCGAAUUGAUUCGUAAACGAAUCGUCGGCCGGUUCGUGAUGCUAGCAGUAGCACUUUACGUGAUUACGGCAUUUCUCUUUUACUUCUAUUGCUUUCCCGCAAACAUUUACGAUCGACUAUUUUACAUAAUACCGCUCCUAUUCGCGCCCGUUUUAAUCUUACUAGUGAAGCAAACGUUAACGUGGUACUACCAGAGGAAAAUUUCCCGAAAGCAGAAUAAAGUAGUGAACUUACGUAAUGAGAAAAAAGCCAUUUUGGAGAAGGUGAUGGAUACAGAAACGUACAAGGUGGCUAAAAGUAUUUUGGAUAAAUUCGCACCUCCGGAACCGAUCCGUAAGCUUCCAGAGGCGGGGACGCCUGCACGACACGUGAAACCGCCCGUACCGUCUACAGCCGUUAACGCCGGUUUACGCCAACGUGCCAUUUCCCCCAAACCACAAGUUUUACCUACACCGAUACGGCCAAUUCCCGUUUCACAGCCUUUGACGGCGGUAACAACACGAGCACCCUCGGGACAAGCACCACCAAUGUUACCAAUGCCAAGGACCAUCUUACCAAGGGAAAGAUCUACGUUUGAUAGGAUGGUCGAUUAUUUAGUCGGUGAUGGACCAUCGAAUCGAUACGCCUUAAUUUGCAAUAAUUGUUACGGUCAUAAUGGAAUGGCAUACCGAGACGAAGCCGAGUAUAUGUCGUUCCGUUGCUGUUACUGUUACACCUUUAAUCCGGCGGUGAAAAAACGACCGGUUGCACCAAAAUUCGAAUAUGUACUACAAUCCGCACCGGAGUCGGACUCGGACUCCGAAAAGAAUUCUCCACCGGACAGCAGCGACUCCGACGACGGCGUUGUGGUCAUUAAAUCGGCGCAGGAAGUCGAGGAUUCGUCAGAAAGCAAAGGCGAAGGUGUAGAGGAGAAAGUUGUCGAGGAAGAUCAUGCAAAGGACCAAACGGUUCAUGAAAAUAUUGAAAAAGUUGGUACUACUGAUGAAAAUACUGAAAAAGUUGCGAAUACUGAUUCUGAAACAAAAGACUGAUUCGACGCUUAUAAAAUUUUUGAAAAUUUUGUUAUCUAUUCUAUAAACGAAUGUAUUUUAACUUUACAGUACAGUAAUUACUUGUAUUUAUUUUAAUUAAGAGCACCCAUUAAUUAUAGCAAUAUUUUACAAUGAUAUUAGUAUUUGUUUUAAUACCCCCAUCUGAUAGAAAUAAUUAAAAUAGUUGGAUGUAUGUGAAUAAUUUAUUGAUUGAUUGUAAAUAUUUAUAGAAUGAUUGCUUUUAACUUUUUUUAAACCAUGUAUUGCGAAGGUGUUUUUGUAAUAUGUUAUCUCGGUUGAAGCAAUUGUGACAUAUACUGUACAUGUCAUGUUAUCUACCAUGAUAAGAGAACGAAGGUUAAUAAAUGUCGGUUAAAACUUU